AAGGAAUCCAGUUGCCCACUCCCAGCGGCGGUCGUACCACACUGCCUGCUCCGACCUCGACUGCAAGCCAACAUCGCGCUCCUUUGAUCUUGACACCUACCAUCGACCCUCUGCCUCAUCGCCCGAGUACACGAGUACGUUCAAACCAGGCUCUUGUCGACAACGGAGCUCUCAAUUGCCCCCCAGCGUCACAUAUUAGCCAUCUUAGGCUCUAGGCAGCAUGGUUGGAAAGAAAUCAGGCAGGGCCCAGCUGAGGGAAGAGGGCCUUGAGCGGACAGACAACAAUAUGGAUCUCACCACAUGGCCCCAGGUUGGCAUGAUCAACCAGAAGAAUUAUUAUACCGAGUUCCUGAAGCGCGACGAACAAUUCCUUGCCGUUCGAUAUCCGAAAGACGAAGAAAGGGCACGCAUCGUACAAGAAGCCCGAGACAGGGAUCGCGCACGCGCGCUGGGCGUUCCGGCGAUAGAAGGCAUGACACCGCAGGCAGUUGAUGACACAGCAGAGGACGCAGAGGCUUCCUUUGCGUCACGGACAGAUAUAUCAAAGCUCAUUGUGAUACAUCCUGGUAGCCAGAACCUCAGGAUAGGUCUCGGAUCAGACGCUUUGCCAAAAACAAUACCUAUGGUGAUUGCGCGCAAAUGGAAAGAAAGCGAGGAUGAGGAAGAUGGUGGAGAACCCAGCCCCAAGAGGCAGAAGGUAGAGGGAGCGGUGCCAGCGGACGCGCUGCCUGAGAAGUGGUUUGGGGAGGAUUUUGCCGACCAGUAUAUGGCCAUGUCUUCUGAGUUGAGGACGAGAAUGCGCUCCAACAAACGACGAGUGCUGCCGAAUUCCAAGGACCUUGUGACGAAUUACAAUCGACGAACACCGCCAGACAUCAUCUCGGAACAUAACGACAUAAAUCGCAUCGAAUGGACGGAGCUGCCUUCUAAUCCUAGCAAAGCACCAGAUUUCUUCACAGGGCAUGAAGCGCUACGAUUGCCCGAGAAGUCGAAGCCCCGAUAUAAGCUGUUCUGGCCGAUACGCAAUGGGACAUUCAACGAGAAGGAUUACGUGGACCGCAAUCAGAUAUACCAUGACAUUUCCAAAAUAUUUGAAGAGUCAUUCAAGAAUCAGCUCGGAAUAACGAAGCCGAAAGAUCUUAUCAACUACAAGUGCGUCCUCAUCAUCCCGGACCUUUACGAGAAACAGUAUGUCACUAUGAUGCUGGAUAUCCUUAUACGGGAUCUUGGUAUUGGGAAAGUCUGUUUACAACAAGAGAGCCUCUCGGCUACGUUUGGUGCCGGAUAUGGGGUUGCUUGCGUUGUCGACAUUGGCGCGCAGAAGACUUCGAUCUGCUGCGUAGACGAGGGCAUGUGCGCCGAGGAGUCGCGGGUCAAUCUGAAGAUGGGUGGAAUGGACGUGACUGAGACUUUCAUCAAAAUGAUGCUGUACGGCCACUUUCCAUACUCGGACAUGAACCUGAAGCGCAGAUACGACUUUUUACUCGCUGAAGAGCUGAAGCACAAGUUCUGCUCAAUGGAUGAGGGUUCGGUCACGGUACAGACUUGGGACUUCCAUCUUCGUGCUUCGGGUCAGGAUACGCGCAAGUAUACAUUCAAAACGUAUGAUGAGACUAUGCUCUCCGUCAUGGGCCUUUUCAAACCUUCGAUAUUUGAGAACGUGCACAAGCUCGAGAACCGAAGGCGUAUUAUCUCUCGUUCCGUCGACCUAUACGACGGGGCGCCAAACGACCCUAUCUCGCAAGCUCAAAUAGGAGUCAUUGAAACCGCAGCCGGCAAGCCCGUUGUUGCUGCUCCAGUCAACGGUACACAAGACCCGGCCGCCGUUUCAACGCCACAACGCCCAGCACCAUUCAACCUGCUCAGCCGCCUCAACGAAAACGAGAACACGCCUCGAUCGUCGGUAGCAGGCUCACCAGGCCCUGAUGGAACAGGGACCCCGAAUCCCGAGCGCGACACGCCCAUGGGCGACGCAGACAGCUUACCCCUCAUUUUCCGGGAUCCCGUCCUAGAGAAAACCAAACUGGCCGACGAGCGCGACAAGAUCCUGCCCGUUAUCGCACUCGACCAUGCUAUCCUCGAAUCUCUCGGCCAAGGUGCGCGCGGCGAUGAUCGCAAACUGCGGGACUUUUUCGGGGGUAUCAUGUUAGUCGGUGGGGCAUCGAAGACGCCUGGUCUGAGGGAGUUUAUUGAAGCGCGACUUAGGGAGUUGCGGCCAUUCUAUGGCAAAGAGAUCCUUGUCGGGCCGCCGCCGAGGGAGUUUGACCCGCAGGUUGUGGCGUGGAAGGGCGGUAGUGUGUUUGGAAGGCUGUCAUCGCAUGGCAACGACAGCUGGAUAAGCAAGCCCGAGUAUGACAUGUUGGGCAGUCGGCUGCUGAACAACAAGUGCAUGUUUCCUUGGUAAGUAGGCUGUUUACGGGAGUUUGGCAACGAUGUGUUGAAAAAGAUGGGACACUGUUCUUCGACUUUGAACUGAGCUGGGAGGCGUUUGAUUUGCGGGAUCGCAGUCAACUGAUAGGUAGGUACAUCCGUAGCUCUUUGAUGUAAUACUCAAAAUGGGGACUCGUCGAGUCCUUUCAACAGUACUUCC